AUGUCUUACGAAGAGUCAUCAUUCUAUCAAAACACUUCUGGUGGAGGUGAAUUUGUCGGUGAUGAAGAUGGUGUUGCCUUUGAUGGAAAUGCGGGAGGUAUUGGUUAUAGUGGAAGUUUACAGGGUGGUGCUUUUGUUGGAGGUUUAGAAGAUGUAGCACAAGGAGGCUAUGCAAGUUAUGAAUCCGCAUCUGCAGCGGGUUACGGAGCUGAAGCAGUUCUUGUUGAUGGCGGAGCUGGUGUUCAAGCAAGUGUUGGUGACUUAGAAGGUGGCUUGGAACAGCAAAAUGUUUCAGGAGCAUUUCUAGCCAGUGAUGCUGCUUUUAGUGCUAGCAGCUUAGAACAACAAUCAUCUGCAUCAGCAGCUUACGCAACUGAUAGUCAAGGUCUCUAUCAAGAUCCUAAUCCAGAAGUUAUACGACGACCAGCUCCAGGCGGUCUACAAACAUAUACUCAACGAGUUCUCAUUCGAUUUUUACAACCACCAGCAGUUCCUCCACCAGGUCCUCUUGUCAUCAAAGAAGUUCGUCCACCUCAACCACCUCCACCUCCUCCACUUUACAUACGACAACGUCCACCACCACCGCCUCCAUUGCCACCAAUUGUUAUUCGUGAAGCUCCACCAAAAUUGCCUCCACCAGUAGGCAUACAAGUCAUAACAAAGAGACUUCCAGCUUUACCAGUACCACCUCGUUCAGUAAUCAUUGAACGUUUGCCACCCCUACCACCUAAACCACGUGAUAUUAUCGUCGAACGUUGGUUACCAUAUCGAACACAACAGAAACGUCGUGUUAUUAUUCAACGAGCUCCACCUCCAGUCAUCCCAAAACCACGUAACAUUAUCAUUUAUUACGAACCACCCAAGGCUCAAGUCGUUCGACGAUUUCAAAAUUUGGGUAUUCAACGUGCUAAUCCAGCUGAAUACGUAGCACGUUAUGGUACUCAAUUGGAAGAUGCUCAAACACUUCUCACACAAGCUCGACAAGCCGGUGUUGUCGAAGAUAUUUCCCCUCCUGCUGGUGGAAUAUCAAAUUUUCAAUUAUCCAAUUAUGAAAGCUAUCAAGCAGGUGAUAUUGGUACUGGUGUUGGUGUUGGUGUUGAUGCUGCUAACUAUGGUGUUGGUUCAUCCGCAGCCGAUGUUUAUGGUGUUAGUGGUGGUUUUUCUUCGAUUGGAGAUGGUGGUCUUGGUUGGGGCGAAGGUGCUGGCCUUAAUUGGGCUGGUGGUGCUGGUGGAGUUUUAUCAAACAGCUAUGAAUCAUCUUCGUCUUACAAUGCAAGUAGUGGUAUUGGUGGUUAUGAUGAAGGUCUUGGAUCAUCAUUUGGUGACCUUGGUCUUGUAGACAAUACAAACAAUGUUAUUGGCGGUAGCUAUGAAUCGUAUUCGUCACAACAAGCACUUACGCACUAA